AUGGCGAACGAGCAGAAUUUUCGACAAGUCUUUCCACCUUCCAGAGGCAACCGCAGCCUCAGUUGCAACGUCGGAUCCUUCAGAAGCCGCAACUCCAUGACCUCCAUCUCCGGUCCGGCCAAGUUAGACACCAUCAUCGAUGAAGAUCUCAUGUGCAAGAAAGCUUUGUAUUACCGUAACAACAGUGUCCGACGCAGUGUCAGUCAUCAUGUCCAAGCAUCUGGCGGCGUGUGCAUGGAUGAAGAUCUCAUGUACAAGAGCUGUACGUACCAGCAGAGGCAUCGAGCUCGGACUACCACUGGCAACAACAUGACUUCUGACAAAAGAUCCUUUGAAGAGUACUUGGCGAUCGAGAGAAUGUACGCAGAGUACCGAGCUUGCGCUGCAGGCAACCCCUUCUACGGCGACGAUGACUUCGUUCACACUGCUGCUUCAUCUCACUUAAAGCAUCAUCUGCCCAUGGGUAGCAACGUCAGACGAGUUUCCCGAGCUUGCGCUGCAGAUGAGUCAUCUUUGGAUGCAGCUUUGUCCUAUUCGGAGCAUGACCUGCCCGGGUUCUGCAAGGUCGACCAACCUUGCCGCAGCGACUCAGUCGAUGAGUGCCUACCGCGUCCUGUCGAGGCAGUCCAGUCCUACCCUCAGCAUGAUCCACCCAUGAGCGUCGAGGUCAAACCACUAGCCCGUAGUGCUUCGGUACGCGACCGUCUAGCGAGACCGGUCAAGGCACUUCAGUCAUACGUUGGCGGGUUGCAGCGAAAUAAUACUCAUCUCGGAAACUGCAGCAGACGGGUCUCGUCAGUCACUGAAGCUUCACAGCUAAGUUUUGCCUGGACAGGUGAGAAAAGACUUGAAUGCGGCACUUUGGCUGUGCGGCGAGCAAAGAUUUAG